CGGCCCGCGCGUAGCCGUGCCUGGCGCCCUAGGCCUUGGUGGGAGGCUCGCGGGCGCCGGAACCUCCCAGAUCUCCAGCGGGCAGCUGCUCGGGGUCCUCGCGCGUCCACGUGGCUCGCCUCCCUAGCGUCGACGCCCUGCUCGUCCGCGGCUCUCCCAGCUCUGGCCAUGGCUGCUGCUGCUGCUCCUGCUGCUGGCGACUCGCUCCCCGACGGGCCCCCCGAGACGUGCCCCGGACUCUCCGAGGCCCAGGAGGAGCCGCAAGCAAAGGCUACCAAGAACAAACACCAAGAAGAGUCCAGUGAAGCUCCCCCAGCGAAACGGAGGAAUGAAACAGCUUUUCUCCCAGCCAAGAAAACUAGUGGUAAAGAAACUCAGAUGAAGUUUAAGGGGAGCACACCUAAAACAUUUUCUCCAAAGAAGAAUUUGGAUAGCACAGGCAGUGGAGAGCAAGAGGAAAAACCAUGCAUCAAGACAUCAUCAUUGUUUAAAAACAACCCUGAGAUCCCGGAGCUCCACAGACCUGUAGUGAAGCAAGCACGAGAGCAAGUGUUCACUCCAGAGGCUUUCCAUGAGCUGGGCCUCCACCCGCAUCUGAUUUCUACAAUAAAUACAGUCUUAAAAAUGUCCCAUAUGACCAGUGUUCAGAAGCAAAGUAUCCCUGUGCUGCUGGAAGGCAGAGAUGCCCUUGUGCGUUCCCAAACGGGCUCAGGUAAAACUCUUGCCUAUUGCAUUCCCGUGGUCCAGUCCCUUCAAGCAUUGGAGUCAAAAAUACAGCGCAGUGAUGGCCCCUAUGCCCUGGUCCUGGUGCCCACAAGGGAGUUGGCUCUACAAAGCUAUAAUACCAUCCAGAAACUGCUCAAGCCGUUCACCUGGAUUGUGCCAGGAGUGUUGAUGGGUGGAGAGAAGCGGAAAUCAGAAAAAGCCAGACUCCGCAAAGGAAUAAAUAUCCUUAUCUCAACUCCUGGACGCCUGGUGGAUCAUAUAAAAUCUACAAAGAACAUUCACUUCAGCCGGAUACAGUGGCUGAUUUUGGAUGAAGCAGACAGGAUCUUGGAUAUGGGUUUUGAGAAGGACAUCACAGUGAUCCUGAAUGCCAUAAAUGCUGAGUGUCAGAAACGGCAGAAUGUCCUGCUUUCAGCAACACUCACAGAAGGUGUAACACGGCUGGCUGAUAUCAGUUUGCAAGACCCAGUGAGUAUUUCUGUGCUAGACAAAAACGAUGACCAGUCCGACCCAGAGGAUUCAGAAGACCCAGAGGACAUUGAUUUUCCACUAGCUAGUAACCAGCUAGAUAGCUUCGCGAUACCAGAGAGUCUCGACCAACUUGUGACAUUGGUUCCCAGCAAGCUGCGCCUUGUCUGCCUAGCGGCCUUCAUACUGCAGAAGUGCAAGUUUGAAAAGGACCAGAAGAUCAUUGUCUUUUUCUCCAGUUGUGAACUGGUGGAGUUCCACUACACACUCUUCCUUCACACCCUGAUGAGCAGCUUAGGGGCCUCUGAUGCAGGGCUGCUGCCAUCUGCCUCCUCGUCAUUGAAAUUCCUGCGGCUACAUGGAGGCAUGGAGCAGGAGGAAAGAACAGCGGUGUUUCAGGAGUUCUCUUCUCCCGGAACUGGUGUUCUGUUUUGCACGGAUGUUGCAGCUCGCGGCUUAGAUCUCCCACAAGUCACGUGGAUUGUUCAGUACAAUGCUCCAUCUACACCUGCCGAGUACAUCCAUCGAGUUGGAAGAACCGCCCGGAUUGGCUGCCAUGGGAGCAGCCUGCUCGUUUUGGCUCCUUCAGAGGCAGAAUAUGUCAACUCGUUGGCUUCUCACAAAAUCAACCUUUCUGAGAUUAAGAUGGAAGAUAUUUUGUCUGUUCUGACAAGGGAUGAUUGUUUUAAAAAGACACAAAGUGAAAACCAGCAAUCCCAUGAUGUUGGCCCCCAGGAAAUCCGCGAGCGAGCCACAGUCUUGCAGACAGUAUUUGAAGAUUAUGUGCACUCUAGUGAGAGGACAGUCUCCUGGGCAAAAAAAGCUCUGCAGUCCUUCAUACGAGCUUACUCAACUUAUCCCAGGGAGCUAAAGCCCAUCUUCCAUGUCCGAUCUCUCCACCUUGGGCACGUGGCGAAGAGCUUUGGGCUAAGAGAUGCUCCUAGCAAUCUUGGUGUCAUGUCUACAAAGAAGAGAAAGGCACACUUGAAAAGGAUCAACCUUCGUAAGAAGACCCAGAGUAAACACCGCCUUGCUGAUGUCCUGCGCUCGGAAUACGCAAGUGGGCUGGAGCCUGGUGAUACCAAGGGUGAAAAGCAAGGCUCUCCGCCAGCUGGGGCCGGGGCUGGGGAAAAAUAGAGCCGCUCCCGCAGCCCAGAAGAGCCCAGGAAGGGUAAACAUGGGUAGCAAGCUUUUUGGAAAGGUUUUAAAUCUCUCCACAGGACCGGAUUGGAGUAGAUCAAGAGACCCGGUGGAUUCAUAUCCUGCUCUCAUCAGAGGAGCCUUCUGAAAUAUAGCUGUGACACCUCUCCCUGAAAUAAGUCCCCCAGGUUCAAAGGAGCCACAAACCCCUUCCCCUGUCAGAAAGGAACCCUGCUUGGAGCCACCAGGCAGGGCCCCUCAGCAGUGUCAGCUAGCCUUCUUGUAAGAAAGGUGACUCACAGAUACCCACAGAUGCAGUCACCUACCUUUACCCAGGCCUCUUGCCUUUCCAAGCUGUGAACCAUGAGCACACACAUCAGCCUGGAGGGCUUUGAUCCUGGCAAACCUACCAAAUGCAGCUGACCAUAUGUAUUGGCAUGAGGGUUAUAAAACGUAAUGUGCAAGGCUGGAAUUGAAAUUGUACAAAAAGAGAGAGGAAGUAUUUGUCAGUAUUUUCUUAAGGUACAAAUGCUUUGCUACGAUGGUCCAGGAGAGAUUUUAGUCUAGGUCAAAAAUCCAAAUGCAUUUACUGUGGCAGGCCACUGCUUUUCUUCCAUGAACACUGCGUGGCAUCUACAUGCUUUGCUUCCCCUUUCAUGUCCACAGAAAACUGGCUCUUUCAGGGCUAAUUGAUUUACUGUUGCCUUUUUAUUGUUUCUCUUUGAAGUCAAAAGGCACCAGCACCCGAGCUUUCUUUUUUCCCAUCGAAUCCUGUCUUGUCUUGAAGAAAGAUCUGGGCUCUUUGUGUUGUGACCUAGACCUCAGCAGCCACCCUCAUUGUGUUUUCCAGGAGGUUUGAAAGAGGACCCCUGGAGCGUAUUGAUUUCCCAAUAAAUGUAAGAUUUGGACGUUUCAGGGGCCCACAAGAGAAAGAGUUAAACAUAGCUCCACUCUGUCGGACGCGGUUCUAUUCUCUGUCCUCUGCAGUUCUGUGUACCUGUCCAUUGUUUCCCAAGUCUCUAGGACAAGUGCUGUGGCACCACUUUGAGAGACACACACACGCACACACCACACAUCCAUGUGAACGGAACAGCCAGAAGAAAGGGAGAUGGUAGCUGGUAGGGUCCAGGCUGUCAGGGAACAAAGUCAGGCAACACUUGCACGAGGAAGGGUCCCCUGUGAACUCCUUUGAGCCUAGAAAUCCCCUGCAGAGGAAAAACAGGACCUUGUCAAGAUCUGCUGUCACAAGAAUUAGAGGGAUCUCUGGUGACAUUUAUAACAAUAAUUUAAGAAACCUGCAGCACAUGUCAAGCUGACUUUGGGCAAGGCUGCCAUCUUUUAUUUCAGUUGGUAAUGGAGAGAUGGAACUGCAUUAGAUAGAACCCAGCUGAGCUGUGUGGAAAAACCACAGAGAUUACCAAAUAGAAAUCCUGCAAACCACCCCCGCCCCACCCCCGCCCGUGUCCAGUGAAGGCUUAGUUGCAGGGCUCUGCAUUCCUGGACAGAAGUGCUAGAGCCUUGCGGAAGUAGAGCUGUCUGUAACUCCAGAAUUGAACUUACAUGUGUAGUUUGCUAACUGACAGAUGCUGUAUGGGCCUGCUUUUAAAUAAAAGUAUAUUACUUAGUUAAAGAAACCGGGGGGGGGGGGGGGGGCUAGGGAGGUGGCACUUGCAAAGCCUACAGAACACAAAAAGUGGCACUAGUGUCUUCUGGAGUUGUAGUGGCAAGAGACCCUGGCAUGCCCAUACACGUACACACAUGCAAAUAAAUAAAAAUUUUAAAAAACAACACGGAUUCAGUAUUAAUAUUAUCUAAAUUUAAAUAACAAGGUAAAUCUUAUUAUGGCUCUUGACUACAUUCUGGGUACAUCAAGUACAUUGUCAGUCUAAUUCCAGAGCACAGCCUGGCUUUGUGUGUAUCCUUAAUCAUGCCUGCCUUUCUGAUUUCCCAAAUUUGACCAUUUCUCUGUGAUACAGUCUGGUUGACAUAUUAAACUUUCUGACAAUUAA